UUUUGUAGAUGGUUAUGUUAUUGUCAUGUACCAGGCCUAUGUGAUAGUUUACCUCGAUCUGAAACUACCGUUAUAUUUGGUAGAACAUUAUUACGUUCAGUAUUUCGAACUAUGAGAAGACAGUUGUUAGAUAAAUUCAGAGCAGAAAAAGAUAAAAUGCCACCAGAUAAGAGGACACUUGUUUUGACACAUUUUCCUAGGUAA